CCUUCGAGCUGCCCGCCGGCGCCCUGGAGCUGGGCGAGCCGGCGGACUGGGGAGGGGGCGCCCCGCGCGGCCCGGGGGGCUGCGAGCUGGUGCUGACGGUCAUGCACCGGGCGCUCAUCGGCAUGGACAAGUUCCUGGGCCUGGCCACCGUGCCCCUGCAGCCGGUCUUCCGAGAGGGCCGCUCCGUGAAGAGCCAGUGGCACAAACUCCACUCCAAGCCGGGGAAGAAGGAGAAGGAGCGAGGCGAGAUCCAAGUCACCAUCCAGUUCACCCGCAACAACCUGACGGCCAGCAUGUUCGACCUGUCCAUGAAGGACAAGCCCCGGUCGCCCUUCGGCAAGCUGAAGGACAAAAUGAAGGGGAAGAAGAAAUACGACUUGGAGUCGGCCUCUGCUAUCAUCCCCAGCAGCACCGGCGCCCUCGACGUGGAGGACGACGAGGCGCUGGGGGGCAAGAAAUCCAAAGGCAAGGGGGGCUUCUUCAAGAGCAAACUCCGCAAGUCCUCCCUGACCCAGUCCAACACCUCGCUGGGCUCCGACAGCACCAUCUCCUCCGCCAGCGGCAGCCUGGCGAACAGCUUCGGCAUCACCGUUAACGUGCCCGAGGUAACCAAGUCGCCCAGCCGCCACAGCAGUCUGUCCACCGAGCACUCUGUUAAAGACUUUCUGCCUUCGCCCAAACUGACCCACAAGAGAGCAUUCAGCGAUGAGGUCUCCCAGGUCAGUGCGGUGACUGAGCCGAAAGCAAUCCAAAGCCCGAAGCCAAAGAAUGACUCUGUCUCCAGAUCCUCUCUCUGUGUCAACGGAAGCCAUGUUUACAGCGAUGCACCUGCACCAAAGAGCCCGACACCUGGCGUACGUAGCCCCUCGCCGCUGCCCACUCCGCAGAAUGUCGCCAGAAAGUCCGGAGAGGGUUUCCACGCCAGCUUCCCUCCUGCUGGCUCUGAAGACCUGCCCUGGAGAGUCAGCAGCUUUGAGAAGGGACAACAGAAAGAAGAGCCUCGAUUCCUUCCCUCUCCUCCCAGCUUAGCAAUACAAGAAGAGGACAAGGUGUCAACCAAAGCUGUGACGCUCAGCAACCAUCUAGGCAGAGCCAAGUUGGAGGAAGGCAGCCGUUCCGAGACCAAACCCGUGCAGGUCACAACGCCGAUGGUCUUCUCCAGGGAGGUGACGAAAGACAAACCUCUGGAGGAGACCAGAAAGGAAGACAAGAAGUCCAAGGUCGGACUCUUCCACCACAGUGGCAGCAAAAGCGAGGCCGGGAACAAGAGCUCGGGGGAGAAGCUGGGCUCAGCCGUGACGGCCUCCCCACACGUAACAGCUGGUGGAGACGAGAAGAAUAAGAGCAGCAGCUGGUUUGGACCCAAGGACACCAAAGAACCUUCUCAUAAACCCAGUCCUCAUCCCGUGAAGCCCAUAAGCGCGGCAGAGGUCUCCGGGGAGAAGCAGCAGCACCGAUCCCCCCUGACGACGGCCCUGAGCAGCGGCCUGGAAAAGCUGAAGACGGUCACCACGGGCAGCAUCCAUCCGGUGGCCCCUUCAUCGCAGCCGGGGAAAGCGGAGCCCAAGAAGCUAAAGGAUCCCGCACGGCCGGACCAGUCGGCCAAGUAUUAUCACCUGACCCACGACGAACUCAUCCAGCUGCUGCUGCAGAGGGAGAAGGAGCUGAGCCGGAAGGAGGAGCAUGUCCAGGAACUGGAGAACUACAUCGACCAGCUGCUGGUGCGCAUCAUGGAGCAAUCUCCCACCCUCCUUCAGAUCUGCCUGGAAAAAAACACCCCCAGCAAGUAGCCUCCGCGCAGAGAUCUCAUUGGCGUCGCUUGUCCACAGCGCAUCUGGAA